UGUUCGCGCUGCAUUUCGAUCAAACAAAACAAAUUUUUAUUUUGCAAUACAAUGUGGCGUAAUUAGCAUUAAAACAUAGAUUUAGGCAAAAUGGAGCAGUUACUAGAGCAGGCGAAAGCAAAUGUGCAGGAUAAAUUCAAUGAAAUACGUGCUGCCCUAUUGAUGCGCGAAAAGUUAUUGCUGCGUCAGCUGGAGGUGAUUGCCAAUACACAAAGGCAGCAGGAGACAGCGCCACUAUAUACGGAAAGCGAAGGCGAUAACAAAGAGUGUGAAAUGUGUUUUGUGACUGGCAAAGAGGAAGAAGAAUUGCUGCUGUCAGCUAUAAGGCGCUUUGGACACUUUCAGCUGGAUAGCAGCAUGCAGUUGGCGCUGCAUAGAACACAGGACAAUCGUACGGCAGGAUUACGCAAUGAAGAUUAUAUAGAGCCAACAGAUGAUCAUGAAACUAUGUACAAAUGCUUGGAGGAAACGGACUACAAGCUAAAUGAUGAUGAGGCACAAGCAGAGUCUAUAGUGGUAGACUUUUCACGAAACAAGGCGCUGCUGGAGGACAAUGCCAAGCGUUCGAUUAUAAACAUAACACUGCAGGAAGCAAAGGACUUGAUACGGCGAGCUAAAAUCAAGCGUGAAACAUAUGUGCCACCAUUGAACCUAGAAGAGCUUGAUGAUGAGCUGGAAUCAUCUAUAGCUGAGGCGGUUUCCAGUCUAGGACGCAGCUGCUCCGAGCAGCAGGCCCCACUAUCAAAUCAAAGCAAGCCCAAAGCACGCAAGCCACGCUUCAAACCCAAAAUUACUAUUAACAAUUGCAAUGGCACCAUCAAUCUUCGCAAUAUUGCCAGCCUGACCAUCAACUGUGCCAGUGAGGAGGCGGUAAGUGCAGCAUUGCCAUUGACUACGCAGGCGCCUGCAGACUCCAGCAGCAGUCCCACCGAACAGUCCAGCAUCACGCCCAGCAGUUCAACUUAUUCCAGCAAUGCCAGCUCACGCUCGCAAUCAAAGAAACAAAAAAACAACAAGAUCUUGGAGCAGCCUGUAGCCAGUACUUCGGACUCUCAAGACGAUGCCUGUGACUUUUACAAUCGUUUGCUUAACGAAAUCAAAAAGAGUUUAAAAACACAACCGAAGCCUGAAUACCAAGAGCCGGCUGCCACAACGACAACUGCGGCUGAACCUGUCUCCAGCACGGCGGAGAGUGAAUCGAUACUCUCUUCUCAGGUGCAGCCGGGCAAACGUCUCGUUUUAAAGAAUUUUGAAAAUCUUAAAAUCGUUUUGGAAGCCAAUAGCGGCGACGAGGAUUCUUUUCAUCCGGUGCAAAUCGAGCAAUGGCUGGCAGAGAUUAUAUCCGAAACGGAUUUGGAGCCCAUGCAAAAUACGGAUAUACUGGAGCACAGUCACAUAAACAAUAGCGAAAGCAACUAAUCGCUUUGAACACACAG